UUCCACCUUGUACAAACCCAGAAUAUAUUAAAGCAACCGAAAAACCAAAAUUGCCACAACAUAGGAACUCUCUCUCUCCCUCUCUCUGUCUUUCUCUUUCUAAUUUCAAUUCUCUUUUUCUUUCUCUCUUUUUCUAUUCUUUCAAACCAACACGGUUCUGUGUGACACUGUUUUUGGAGGGUCUCUCUUUCUGGGACUCUCUGGGUUUGAAGCGUCGUAAAAAAACAUAAACAUGAGUUGUUUUCGUUGUGUUGGAAAAACACGCCAAAAUAAUCAAACAAACCAUUCUAGCCGUAGAGAGAAUCACACUAAUAUCACUUCAGCUGAUAAGGUCAAAGUUGAUUUGAAUUUGAGUGUGAAUGAUAAAAAGGAAGAUGAAUCUAAACAUGAUCAACUUUCCCUGGACGUGAAGAAUUUGAAUUUGAAAGACGGGGUUUCCGGAGAUGGAAAAGUUGCAAAGACGUUUACUUUCCAAGAACUCGAAGCUGCAACAGGGAAUUUUAGGUCAGAUUGCUUUGUCGGCGAAGGAGGGUUUGGGAAGGUUUAUAAGGGUAACAUCCAGAGAAUAAACCAGGUUGUUGCGAUAAAGCAGCUCGACCCGAAUGGUCUUCAAGGGAUCAGGGAGUUUGUCGUUGAAGUGUUGACGCUUAGUUUGGCAGAUCACCUGAAUCUCGUCAAGCUAUUAGGGUUUUGUGCCGAGGGAGAGCAGAGACUAUUGGUUUACGAGUACAUGCCAUUGGGAUCUUUGGAGAAUCAUUUGCAUGAUCUUUCGGCCGGAAAAAAGCCGCUGGAUUGGAAUACAAGGAUGAGAAUCGCGGCUGGUGCAGCUAGAGGUUUGGAGUAUUUGCAUGACAAGAUGAAGCCUCCUGUCAUAUACCGUGACCUCAAAUGCUCCAACAUUUUGUUAGGCGAAGAUUAUAAUCCAAAGCUAUCUGAUUUCGGCUUGGCAAAAGUUGGCCCGAUUGGUGACAAGACUCAUGUUUCUACUAGAGUUAUGGGCACGUAUGGAUACUGUGCUCCGGAUUACGCAAUGACGGGUCAAUUGACGUUCAAGUCUGAUAUUUACAGCUUUGGAGUUGUUCUUUUGGAGCUCAUCACAGGCAGAAAGGCUAUCGAUCAUAGAAAACCUGCUAAAGAACAAAACCUAGUUGCAUGGGCAAGGCCGUUAUUCAGAGACCGACGAAGAUUCUCAGAGAUGGUAGAUCCAUUGCUUGAAGGUCAUUAUCCAGUGAGGGGUUUGUACCAAGCUCUUGCCAUUGCGGCAAUGUGUGUUCAAGAGCAACCUAAUAUGCGUCCUGUUGUAGCUGAUGUGGUUACGGCUCUAAAUUACCUUGCUUCGCAAAAGUAUGAUCCACAAACUCAUGCGAUACAAAGACCGAGAAAAAGCUCAUCUUCUUCGAGAGGCAGUAGCGCAGGUCAUAGACGUGUUACCAGUAAUGAUUCCGAGACAGACAGAAUCGGAGAUUAGAAAAGUGGAGUAAUGUCUUGAGACACUUACAUUGUAAUACUCCCAGUUAUCAAGUUUUGCUUUAUAGGAGAUAACAGGUUCCUCUUAAAAUCAAGAAUUUCACAGAAAAAUUCUUCCUUUUAGUUCCCCCUAUCCUCUUUGUACAUGUGAGAUUACUAUUUUGCAUUAAAGAUGCUUCUCAUUAGGAUUC